UUAAAAAGACCUAAACCUACAGUGAUACAUUCUGGAUAAAUGAGGGAACAACAGUUACUUUCCAGAGUGCAAUAAAAUGGGAUUUGACAUCAGAUUUUUAAAACAAAUGGUAACUGGUUAUAUUUAUAUAGCGCUUUUAUCCAAAGCACUUUGCAUGAUACGUCACAUUCACCCAUUCACACACACUGAUGGCGGAAACUGCCAUGCAAGGCGCUAACCACGACCCACCACGAGCAAUUAGGGGUUCAGUGUCUUGCUCAGGGACACCUCAACAUGAGCUCAACAGGCCGAGGAUUGAACUGGCAACCUUCCAGUUACAAGACGGCCACUCUACCCACUGAUCCACAUAUGAUUGCAUUUGAUAGUUCACUUUUGUACAUUGAGAGGACACUUUGACUGUAUUCUUGUAGAGUUUCUGCCAUAUACCAAAAAUUUAAUAAACAGUCAAAUUAACUGACGGCACUGUUCUCCUAUGAAAAACAAACCAUCAGUUGUUUGUUCAGUCAGUUUUUGAUUUAUGAAUCUGACGGCUCCCUGUUGUCGUUGUAGCAAAAGAGGAAGUGAGGUGAUGUUGUGGAGCCACAAAUGUGGAGAGAAGGUUGGGCUGGGUGGAUGGGUCAACAAAACAUUGGACUUUACCACAGAAGACUCCUGAUAGUAAACUUUUACUUUUUCUUGAAUCCAAACCACAUACUUGUAAUUGUAAAAAUGAAAACUAGUGUCCAGUGUUUUGGCCCAAAGGCUGAUCUUUCCCAUAACUAAGUUGUUUCCACUCCUGUUGAUCUUAUCAGCACAUGGACAAAUAAUCUGUUUGGCCACUGAGGAUGUUAUUGAGGUUGUUUGUUCAGAUUUGACUACGUUUUUAGUUCUCUUGUGUUUGAACGUGCUACAGAGAUACACUGAAGAUAUAUUCCUGUAAGAUAUUGUGACCAGUGUCAACAUUAAUCUACAGUAAUCAGAGUUGACUGUUUACAUCUGACUCAAACUAAGUGACUCAUAGCUGAUUAUAAUCCUUGCAGCACUCUGUGCAAGUUAGUCCUACCAGCGAUCAAGAUUUAAAAGGCAGUUAACAGAGAUGUAUUGUUUUGCAUUACUGAAAAAGCUAUAAAACCAAUUCUCUGACUUCUAUUUUUCUUGCCAGAGAACAUAAUCUGGAAGCGUCUGUCUUACCGUUGCUAAACCAGAUGAGAUAACUUGAGAUAUUUCUUCUAAAUAGCAUUGCAUACUUUUACAUAAUCAUUUAAUUUUUGUUAUAAAAUGCACAAAAUGUUGAGCAAUGCUUCCUCAGGGGAGAAGGCUUUGAGUCAAGCGUCACAUCUGUCGGUCGAAUGCCCCUGCAGGUACUAUUAUGUAAAAAGCAAUGAGCACAGGAAAUACAGCCGGCUUACUGCUUCAUCAAGUGUAACGCUGGGCUGACUCAUCCUGUUUUUGUACUUUAUUACAUGGAAGCUAAUGUUCAGAAUAAUCUCUUUAUUUUUCAGGGGAAUUACUCAAAUGCUACAAUUGGUGCUUUUAAAGUCAAAUUAGAAGAGGAAUCUCAAUGAAAAACUUGUAGUGCGUUUAUAUGCUGUUGCUUUUAAAACACUUGCAAAAUUGUUGCUAAUUUUGAUUUUACACAAAGCUUUAAUGUAAAAGGUUUUUUUUGCAGGAGUUUGAGUCGCAGUUUUUGCCGUAAUGUACGCUGGUUUGUGUGACUCCUUGUUUCCCUGAGUCUCUACAGUGGAAAGUGUACCGCGAGCACAACCCAUAGAGACAUGGUACACAAAUUACUGGAAGAUGGAAACGGGGUGAAAUGAACCUGAGCUUUCUUUUUGGAAGCAAUAAAAUGCAACUCUGCUUCUCUUCAUGUGCAGAUGUUUGGCUGCAGGUUCUUUGUUUGCCCAUUUUGACCAAACUUCCGUGAAUGACUUUUCAUAAUUUUUAUUUUACAACAUGAACCUCUUUGGCUCCCAAAUCCUUUGCAGAAAGAAGCAAAAAGCAACUAGUGUUUGCAACCAGCAGUAAUGUCUGAGGGUCAAGGUGAAAUACUCCACAUAAAAUCUCAACCUCAACUGACCUGAUGUUCUGAGACUUGAGGAAUUGAUGCAUUUCACCUGUGCAUUUCAGCCUGAAAAUAACAACAGCUUAAACCAAAGCUGACAUGUUUGUCACUGAAAGUCUGAGCUGUAAAAUAUUCUGACAGAUUUAAUGAUGGAACAUUAAAGAGAAGAGACAAAUUCGGCAGAUGUUCCCUCUGAACAUCUGUUAUCGCCUUCACAUACUUCUGCAAGUAAUUUGUCUUCAUUUUUGUGUCACACACCAGCAGACUGUUGGAAAUAUGGAGAGAUUUGCCUGCAUGCACACACGCGUUAUGAAUGGAUUUUCAUAUAAGACUUUACACAGUAUGUUCCGGAUCACCGGCUCUCAAACAGACACUCGAUCUUGUGUCUGUGGCCUCAAUUACUUUGCGAAAGCAGAAAAACGUGAGGAAUGUAAACGGGAUGAGCAGCAUCCUGGAUUAUAAUCUAAGAUCCAAUUGGUCUUUUUUCUUUUUAUUGAGAUGCCCGAAGGAAGUCUGGACCAUAAUUUACCAUUUGUAAUGGAUAAUAUUGCAGGGAAAGAUUUGUAGAAGGGGAGGAGCGAUGGGGUUGGACGAGCAGCACAAGCACAGAGGGAAGAGUAAAAGAGCUCAAAUGAAGCAGAGGAAAACAAAGACUACCAUGGGUUUCUAUUGUUUCUGUGGGAGUGCAAAGAAGGAGCGCUUUGAUCAAGGUGGCAGCACAUCAGCAGAGCCGGCGGAGGGAAGCACACAGUUCUCACCCAAAGAGCCCCAAACGCAACAAGAUUAUGAAGAUUUGAUACAUCUGCUGGGAGGCGAAACACGGUGGCUGCAUAUCAAAAGCCAGGAUUAGUUGCCUUUUCAUUUCAUUUCCUCAGGCCUGGCCUCGACCAUGAGGCUAGAGCGCGGGCGGCGGGCUUCUCUGGCGCUCACCCUCAACUUUGUGGCGUUUGCUUUUGCCUUAUCAGCGGUGACCACCAGCUACUGGUGCGAGGGGACCAGGAAGGUGGCCAAGCCCUUCUGCACAGGCCCGCCGAUGAAGGUGAAGCAGUGGUUCUGCAUCCGCUUCAACAGCACCAACCUCAACGACAGCCGCCUGGUGCAGUACAUCUUCGAGACGGGAGAGGAGAAGUUCCUGAUGAGGAAGUUCCACACGGGAAUAUUUUUCUCCUGCGAGCAGGCCGCCGACAUGAACGGGUUUGACUGUCGAGAUUUCUCAGAGAUUGCACCUGAACAUGAAAGAGGGGUGCUGUGGUUGUGCAUCGUGGCUGAGAGCCUGUACCUCACCCUGCUCUUCACGGGCGGGGCUCUGAUGACCCUGGAGCAGUGCCCCUGCUUCAGCGUCAUGAACAAGCUGAAGCUCAGUGCCUUCGCUGCCUUGUGCACUGCCCUGUCAGGCCUUUGUGGGAUGGUGGCCCACAUGAUGUUUACCACCAUAUUCCAGCUGGCUGUCGCCAUGGGACCAGAGGACUGGAGGCCUAAAACCUGGGACUACAGCUGGUCUUAUGUCUUGGCGUGGGGCUCUUUUGGCACCUGCAUGGCCUCUGCAGUGACGGCGCUCAACAGGUACACAAAGACCAUCAUAGAGUUUAAAUACAAGCGGCGGAACAUCGAGAAGAGUCUGAUGAUCAAGCAGAAGAUGAUGGAGAUGGAUCUUCCUGAGCAGAUGUGGGACAUGUACCUGACUGCUGUGCCGGCUGAUGCCGAGGCACCGCUAGAACUGCCGGUCAACGGCCACAAACCAUCCACAGGAACAGAGUAUGUGGUUGAAAUGGACAAUGCACCAGAACAACAAGGAGAGGCGUAUUGUUGAAAGUGGAAUCAGCUCCAGGCUCACUGGAACAGUUUUCAGGGAUGAUUUCCUGGACCGAGAUUGGUUCCUGGAUUUAAAUAUCUCACAUUAAAAUAUUAAUUUGUUUCGGUCCUCGCCACACACCAGAUGUGUGUCUAGGAAGCCAGAGGCUGUUUUUCCAGAGAUGAUGUAACAUGGUCAGCUUUGAUACAACAUGGAUUUAAUCAACUCUUUCCAUGUCAUAUUAUUUGUGGAAGGAAGGAAAAAAGGCUGCGAUUUCAGCAUCUUCACACUGAGUUGUGGGAAGCUGCAGGAUGUUCACACUCCUGCUGUAGGACACAUCAUUCAUACCUGCUAUAACUUCAGCUGAAUCUGCCUUUUCUUCUUUUAUGUUGCAUCAAAUUUGCCCCGUGGCUGAUGAGGGUCUGUGACCGACUCAGUGAAAAGAACAAUGGAGCAGAAAAUGAUCUCACUGAGAACAUUACUGCACUACACCAUCACGGAUGUAUCACUGAACAGGCCUUCAGCUCAGAUGCUCUUUAAAGGGACUACAACAACGCACAAAACGACACAAAAAUGACCACAAAGUGACAUGAACUUUCUACAAAUUACUGCAAUGAUCAGAAGGUGUUGUGAAACUAGAAAGACACUCAAAUGGCCAUAAAGUAUUGUGAAAUUAACAUGAAGACACACAAACAACUGCAAAGACAGAAAACGACCACAAAGGGACAGAAAAUUACCCUAAAACAUUAAAAAAAAAUAACCACAAAGGGCUGCAAGAGAACUGCUAAUGCAAAGGAAUGCAGAGAUGUAAAAACAAAUUACCAGAAAGACACAGAAAUGACCAGGAAGUGUCCUGAAACCACCAAAAAGCCACAUACACGACAAAUAAACCAAAAUUAGACAAAAUUACCACAGAGAAACAAGAAAUAGCACACACAACAAUCAUUAAUUGACAUAAAAUGACCUCAAAGAAACACAAACAACCACUAAGACACAUAAAAUGACACAAGGAGGGACAAAAUGACCACAAAGACUUGCAGCUUUCUGUCCGUUUCAGCCUCAGUGUCGUGCUCAGAGGCUUUGGGGGUCUCUAACUGUAUCCAGGGGAGCACUGUCUAAUAAUACUGAACCCAAAUCUGCAUAUUUUCUGGAGCUGUUGGCUCAUCAUAGUAGAUUUAUUUGCAGGCUACUUUGAAAAUAUGCUUGAGAAAUUAAGUGAAAAAUUGUCACACAUUGAAUGACUGAUUUUUUUUUAAAAAAAAAACUAAUUUGCGUCCAAUUUUAAAUCAGGAAUUUGCUUUAUGUGUCGACUCGCCUCAUCUUGAAACAGCUCCUGUCUUUGAGCAUGAUGUAUGUGGUGCUUUAAGAUGGUCUUUAUUGGUGAAAUCUUCUAAUUUGAGUCAUAAAUCAAACACAGACUACACUAGACCAGAACAGGAGCGAAGGGAAAUGUCUUCAACGGAGCAGGACUGACAUCUAUUGGAGUAAAAGCAUGAGCUUCCUGCAGCCGACAAGCACAAUGUCUUCUGACACUGAUGAUAUCAUACAGUACCGUCGGAUCUCUUGUCAUUCGGUUCUUCCUGAAGGAACCAUUCAGCUCUGCGUUUUGCUGCUGUGGAAGAAAUAAUCUCAUUUGGUGGCGAGAAGCCAAGAUAUGGUGUGCGCGCUGAUUUCAUCUUUGAUUCAAGGCUCAUGGUGAGCUGCAAAAAGAUUCUAGUUUCUUCUUAAAUUUUUUUUUUGCCAACAGUCCUUCCUGUAAUAUGAGUCACUACGUAGGCCUAGAGUAUAAGCUGGAACCUGAAGCAUCAGCAUGUUAGUUGGAGGGUUGACGGUCCACCUGUGGCUCAGUUGUUAUUAAAUUGAUCACAGUUAUUCGUGGGACUCAGAGAAUAAACUUUAGUGACACUAACGGGCUUAUUUGUGGUUCUAACUGGAAUGUUUCCUCAAUUAUUGGCUGGAUUGCAAUAAAAUUUGGUUUGCACAUUCA